AUGCCCAGCAUUCUUGACGACAUCGUAGCGGCCAAGCGGCUUGAACUUGCCGAGGCUAUGCAGGCAGUGUCUUACGCCGAUGUAGAGCAUGCAGCAGCAGAGCAGCCGCGCCCACUGAACUUGUCCGGCGCCCUCACGAGCGGCGGCAUCCGGCUGAUUGCCGAGGUGAAAAAGGCCUCGCCAUCCCGGGGCCUGCUUUCCCCCAACUUCGACCCAGUGCAUCUCGCCCAUACCUACGUGUCCAAUGGCGCCGCUGCCAUCUCCUGCCUCACCGACCCGCGAUUCCAAGGUGAGCUUGCCCACCUUUCGUCCAUCAAGCAGUCCGGCGCAUCGGGGCGAGCCCCCGUUAUACGCAAGGACUUCAUAUUCGACCCAUACCAAGUCUACGAAGCUCGCGCCGCGGUGCCGACGGCAUCCUCCUGA